AUGGCGCGUAGCAGAGGACGAUGGAUCGUCGGCAUGCAUGGCCGGUGCCUAAUUACCGUCAUGGUCGGCACGCAUGCGAUGAUGCUGGGGCCAGGAACAUUUGUACGAUCGGCACCCCGUCUCCGGUUCUUAUCCCAUCCCCAUCUCCUUUUCUCAGUUGCACAGGCACCCGAACCCGCCGCCUCCAACCCUAGCCAGACGAGCUCCACCUCGCCGCCGGCACCGGUCCCUCCCCGCCGGCCUCCCCCUCCUCUGCUCCUCCCUCCUUCCCCCUGCAACCCUACCCCCGACGAGCUCCAUGACCCUGUCACCGCCGCAGCCGCCCUCCUCGCCAUCGCCUCUUGCCACGGCCUCUUUGACCUCCCCUCUGUCGGUCUCCCCCUCCCUGCCACCUCGCCCUGGUGCAGCCCCGCUGCAGGGGAGCACAGCAGGCGGCAGGACUGGUGCCGCCCCAGCUUUGCUGCGCGGCCGCACGCACGCGCACAGGCGGUUGCCGCCUCCCGUGCGACCUCCACCUUUGAAGAUCCUCGUGAUGCUGAGGAUGCAAUUGCUGGGCGGGAUGGAUACAACUUUGAUGGACACCGUCUAAGAGUGGAGGCUGCUCAUGGUGGUAGAGGUAAUACUUCCUCGUAUAAUCGUUCAAGUGGCUUUGGUGGUGAUGGUGGAGCACGUCGUGUCUCUUCAGAUCCUCAAGUGUCUCAAUCGUCCAGUUCUUCUGAUUCUCUUGUGAGAUAUUUGUCUGACAUUAUGGAUGAGUACAAGGAUAAGAUUCGAAAUACAUGCGGGUAUGGACCUAUCGCGUUUAUGGCUUCAGUUCAAUCACUUCAGAGUCUUCCUCAAGACUUAACCUCUUCUGGGAGAUUUGAUUUCCAUAUUGAGCUUCCUGCUCUUGCAGUCCCUGAGCGCAAAGCACUAUUGCAGCAUCAACUCUCUGAAAUGAACUUUGCUGAUGGAGAUUCCUCUAAAGCAAUGCAUGGCUUCCUUCCAGUCGCCAUGCGUGAGCUUAGGAAAUAUGCUCCUGAUGAUAAAGAUGGUGGUUGGGAGGAUGUUGGAGGGAUAAAUGAAGCAACUCUUGAACUGCCAUCAAAAUACCCAAAUAUCUUUACCAAGGCACCUGUGCGGUUGCGGUCAAACAUUCUCUUGUAUGGACCACCUGGAUGUGGUAAAACUCACAUUGUGAGAGCUGCAGCUGCUGCUUGUUCUUUGCGAUUCAUUUCAGUCAAGGGUCCAGAGCUAUUGAAUAAGUAUAUUGGUUCAUCUGAGCAAUCUGUUCGCGACUUUUUUGCAAAGGCCGUUGCAGCAGCACCUUGCCUAUUAUUCUUUGAUGAAUUUGACUCCAUUGCACCCCAACGAGGAGCCCAUAGUGCUGGUGUUUCUGAUCGUGUAGUUAAUCAGUUCUUGACGGAACUGGAUGGCGUGGAAACCUUGACUGGAGUAUUUGUAUUUGCAGCUACGAGCAACCCACAGCUAAUUGAUGCUGCGCUCUUGCGGCCUGGAAGGUUUGAUCGUCUAGUCUUUUGUGAUUUCCCUCGAUGGGAUGAACGUUUAGAAAUUCUGAAGGUGCAUUCUAGGACGGUUUCGCUGGCAAGUGAUGCCAGUCUCGAAGAUGUUGCUUCUCUAACUGAAGGAUUUACUGGUGCUGAUCUGGCUGCUAUUCUAACGGAUGCUGGAUUAGCAGCAGUUCAUGAACUUUUGGACAACCAGGAGAACGGUGUCCCAGAAAGAGAACCAUGCAUCAGCAAAGAACUUCUCAUGUCUGUCACUAGGAAGGCUAGACCUUCCACACCAGCAGACGAGAAGAAGCGGUAUGAUAGAGAGUUUGGUGAAUUCGUGUCAUCCAGGAAGUCUAUUUCGACAAAGGUGCACCUCAUUCUCAUUUUUAAAUCCUCAAAAGUUAAACCAUGA